CUCUAGGAAGAAGCAAUGUUCUCUCAGGGGAACCCUCACUCACCUUCCCAGCCUGCACCUGCACGCUCCUGGGGGCUAGAACUCCCACAAAUCUCUGGGCUGAGCUCCGUUAGGGGCGGACCCAAAUUGCAUGCUGGGAACAAUCUGAAACCGCAGAACGCUGGGCUUCAGAAGCGUUUCCACUUUGGGACUGCAUUUCCCAGUGGACACCACGGGGAGUCAGCGAUCACUUCCGGCCAUCCCAGGGUCGUCGUCGUCGUGGUGUGGCGAGGCCGUCAGGACCCUGGGAAGGAUGAGAGUAUUACUAUUGCUGCACAUCAAAGUCAAGGGAGGGGAAGCAUGAGGAGGAUGUACCAAUUUUGUCAUUCUAAAAACAUGGCCUAUGGAUCUCUGUCAUUCGGGGACGUGGCCAUCAGCUUCUCCCAAGAGGAGUGGGAGUGUCUGGACCCUGCUCAGAAGGCCUUGUACAGGGACGUGAUGUUGGAGACCUACAGCAACCUGGUCUCCCUGGCAGAAAGUUCCAUUUCUAAGCCAGAUAUGAUUAUCUUACUGGAGCAGGAGAAAGAGCCCUGGGUGGUUUUGAGGAGAGAAACAAGUGGAUGGUACCCAGAGUUGGAGUCAAAUUAUGGAGCUGAGAAGUUACCUUCAGAAAAUUAUACUUAUGAAAUAAAUUUUCCUAAACUGGGUAUAAAACAAAUAAGUAAAACUCUUGGCCUCAAGGCCUCCAAUUUUAGAAAUGACUCAGAUAGCAAAAAUAGAUUUAGGAAACAACAGGGACAUCAAGAGGGGUAUAUCGGUCAAAAGAUAAUAAGCUAUGAAAAAAUGCAUACUUCUCCUCAUCCUACUUCUGUUCACACUACAGAUAAGCCAUAUGAAUGUAAGGAGUGUGGAAAGUACUUUAGUCGUGGUUCAAAUCUUAUUCAGCAUCAGAGUAUUCAUACUGGUGAGAAACCAUAUGGGUGUAAGGAAUGUGGAAAGGCUUUUCGACUUCACCUACAGCUUUCUCGACAUCAGAAAACUCAUACUGGUGAGAAACCCUUUGAAUGUAAGGAAUGUGGGACAGCCUUCCAGUAUCAGUGCCAGCUUAGUGAGCAUCAGCGAAUUCAUACAGGUGUGAAACCGUAUGAAUGUAAGGAAUGUGGGAAAUUGUUUUGUCGUGGUUCAAACCUUAUUCAACAUCAGAGCGUUCACACUGGAAAGAAACCUUUUGAAUGUAAAGAAUGUGGGAAGGCCUUUAGACUCCAUAUACAACUUAUUCGACAUCAGAAAUCUCAUACUGGUGAGAAGCCCUUUGAAUGUAAGAAAUGUGGAAAAGCCUUUACUCUUCUCACUCAGCUUAAUCGCCAUGAGAAUAUUCAUACAGGUGAGAAGCCAUUUGAGUGUAAGGAAUGUGGGAAGUCCUUUAAUCGUGUGUCAAACCUUGUUCAACAUCAGAGUAUUCAUGCUGGUGUGAAACCAUUUGAAUGUAAAGAGUGUGGAAAAGGCUUUAAUCGUGGUUCAAAUCUUAUUCAGCAUCAGAAAAUUCAUUCUAGUGAGAAACCCUUUGAAUGUAAGGAAUGUGGGAAGGCCUUUAGGUAUCAUUACCGACUUACUGAACAUCAUAGAAUGCAUACUGGUGAGAAACCCUUUGAAUGUAAGGAAUGUGGGAAGACCUUUAGUCUUCUGACACAGCUUACUAGACAUCAGAACAUUCAUACUGGUGAGAAACCAUUUAAAUGUAAGGAAUGUGGCAAGGCCUUUAAUCGUGGCUCAAGUCUUGUUCAACAUCAGAGUAUUCAUACUGGGGAGAAACCCUAUGGAUGUAAAGAAUGUGGAAAGGCUUUUAGACUUCAUCUACAACUUUCUCGACAUCAGAAAACACAUACUGGUGAGAAACUCUUUGAAUGUAAGGAAUGUGGGACAAGCUUCAGACGUCAAUACCAACUUAUUGAGCAUCAGCGAAUUCAUACAGGUGUGAAGCCCUAUGAAUGUAAGGAAUGUGGAAAGAGCUUUAGUCAUGGUACAGACCUUAGAGUACAUCAGAGAAUUCACACUGGUGAGAAACCCUUUGAAUGUAAGGAAUGUGGGAAGGCUUUUAGGUAUCAUUACCGACUUACUGAACAUCAUAGAAUACAUACUGGUGAGAAACCCUUUGAAUGUAAGGAAUGUGGGAAGGCCUUUAGUCUUCUGACACAGCUUACUCGACAUCAGAACAUUCAUACUGGUGAGAAACCAUUUAAAUGUAAGGAAUGUGGCAAGGCCUUUAAUCGUAGCUCAAAUCUUGUUCAACAUCAGAGUAUUCAUACUGGGGAGAAACCCUAUGGAUGUAAAGAAUGUGGAAAGGCUUUUAGACUUCAUCUACAACUUUCUCGACAUCAGAAAACACAUACUGGUGAGAAACUCUUUGAAUGUAAGGAAUGUGGGACAAGCUUCAGACGUCAAUACCAACUUAUUGAGCAUCAGCGAAUUCAUACAAGUGUGAAACCCUAUGAAUGUAAGGAAUGUGGAAAGAGCUUUAGUCAUGGUACAGACCUUAGAGUACAUCAGAGAAUUCACACUGGUGAGAAACCUUUUGAAUGUAAGGAAUGUGGGAAGGCCUUUCGACUUCAUUACCAAUUUCUUGAACAUUACAGAAUCCAUACUGGUGAGAACCCCUAUGAAUGUAAGGAAUGUGGGAAAUGUUUUACUUGUGGUAGUGAACUUAGAGUACAUCAGAGGAUCCAUACUGGUCAGAAACCAUAUGAAUGUAAGGAGUGUGGGAAGGCAUUUAGUCGUAGCUCAAACCUUAUUCAACAUGUUAAAAUUCAUACUGGCGAGAAGCCCUAUGAAUGUAAGGAAUGUGAAAAGGCCUUUAGCAAUAAUUACGAACUUACUGUACAUCAGAGAAUUCAUACUGGUGAGAAACCUUACGAAUGUAAGGAAUGCGGGAAAACUUUCAGACUUCAGUCUUUACUGCCCAUCAGAGAAUUCAUACAGGUAUGAAACCCUAUGAAUGUAAAGAGUGUGGAAAGACCUUUAGUUGUAGCUCGAACCUUAUUCAACAUGAGAGGAUUCAUACUGGUGAGAAACCUUAUGAAUGUAAGGAAUGUGGAAAGGC